AUGCCCUUCAACUGCUCUACAAGCAAUUGCUCUUCCAGACCCAUCGGAGGACGAUACACUAUGCCAGGGGCCCCAGUUGCCACGUCUUCAACCCAGGAUGCUGACUGCCUGAGUGGCCUCUAUUUGCCCAGCUCCUUCCAAACUGGCUCUUGGCUUUUAGAUCAUUGUCAGGAGACCAGUUGUGAGCCCACUGUGUGCCAGCCGCCGUGUUACCAGAGAACAACUUGCAUCUCCAGCCCUGUCCAGGUAACUUGCUCUCCACAGACUAGCUGUGUCUCCAACCCCUGCUCAAGGCCCUGCAGCCGGCCAGUCACCUUUGUCUCCAGCGGCUGCCGACCCCUGGGAGGCAUUUCCAGCACCUGCCAACCAGUGGGUGGCAUCGCUAGUGCCUGCCAACCAGUGGGAGGAAUUUCAACCACCUGCCAACCAAUCAGGACGUACCAACAGUCCUGUGUAUCCAGCUACCAAAGACCCUGCUAA